AUGGUUAUCUCAGGUAGAAAGGAGACAGUUUUGGAUUUGGCCAAGUUUGUUGACAAGGGCGUCCAAGUCAAGCUUACUGGGGGAAGACAAGUGACAGGGACCCUGAAAGGAUAUGAUCAGUUAUUGAACCUUGUCUUGGAUGAAGCUUUAGAGUUCCUGAGAGUAGGAAACUAUGUUUAA